CAAAACGAAAAAAACCUCCAUUUUCCAAUCUCAGCGACAAGAACCGAGGGGCAACUUUUAAAUCUUUGAAAACUCUUCUUUGAUUUCCAUCCCUUCUUCUAAACCCUCAUCUCAACAAAUCGUUCAACGAAAACACAAUGUCUUUCCUCGGAAUCGGUCGUCCCCAGCCUACGUCAGAGCAGAAGAUUGCUGCUGUCGAGGGCGAGAUGCGCAUGAUGGCUGAUACUUACAACCGCCUGCAAAAGGCGUGCCAGAAGAAAUGCGUUCCUUCCGACUACCGCGAGGGCGAGCUCAACAAGGGCGAGUCCGUCUGCCUCGACCGCUGCACCGCGAAGUUCCUCGAUACCUCCAUGAAGAUCAGCGAGAUCAUGCAGCAGCAGGGCCAGGCCAUGGGUGGAGGACCUCAGGGCGGUCCCGGAGGACUGUUUUAGAGGAAGAAGAUGAAAAAGAAAAGCCAAUACAUAAAAAAAAAAAGCCAUAGAGCAUAUUAGGAGAAAAAAGGAGUUGCAUAUUUCUUUUUCUUUUCAUGGCAUUGUCCUCCCCUCUUGUUUCUCUUGGCCUGAAAUGUUGGAUGUCAUGCAUGUGUACGAAUAUAAAUAUGAGAGAGAAAGUUGUCUGGAAAUAAUAUGCGGCGGCGGCAAAUGUUUUGAAAAUGGGACUUUGAUAUUAUGGUAUUAUGGGAUCGCAGGAUAUACACAUAUAUCAUGUCAAAUGUAUAAAGCUAUUCAAAAGAGUACACUGGGUGCUGUCUAGGCGCAGCAUCGUCAUUGUGAUGACUGAACAUCUCCUCUACGAAAUGGUAUCUAUCUUCUUGCAAG